AGCUCGCGCCGCGGCUCCCAGACGGGCUCUGCGAGUCCCUCUCCGAGAGCCGGGUGGGCACGCGUCAUUGUGUUACCUGCGGCUGGCCCGCGAGCUGGGCUCGGGUUUUUUUUUUUUUUCCCUCCCUUUCUCCUUUCUAUGCAGCUGAUCUGAAAGGGAAUAAAAGGCUGCACAUAACCAUAAUAAUAAAAGAAGGGGAGCGCGAUAGAAGGAAAGAAAGCCGGGAGGUGGAAGAGGAGGGGGACGCCUCAAAGAAGCGAUCAGAAUAAUAAAAGGAGGCCGGGCCCUUUGCCUUCUGGAACGGGCCGCUCUUGAAAGGGCUUUUGAAAAGUGGUGUUGUUUUCCAGUCGUGCAUGCUCCAAUCGGCGGAGUAUAUCAGAGCCGGGACGCGGCGGCCGCAGGGGCAGCGGCGACGGCAGCACCGGCUGCAGCGGCGGCGAGAGCAGCAGCGCGAGCACCAGCGGCGGCGGCGUCCCGAGUGCCCGCGGCGCGCGGCGCAGCUAUGCGGUCCCCACGGACGCGCGGCCGGCUCGGGCGCCCCUUGAGCCUCCUGCUCGCUCUGCUCUGCACUCUGCGGGCCAAGGUGUGCGGGGCCUCUGGGCAGUUCGAGUUGGAGAUCCUGUCCAUGCAGAACGUGAACGGGGAGCUGCAGAACGGGAACUGUUGCAGCGGCGCCCGGAGCCCGGGGGACCGCAAGUGCGCCCGCGACGAGUGCAACACGUACUUUAAAGUGUGUCUCAAGGAGUACCAGUCCCGCGUCACGGCCGGGGGGCCGUGCAGCUUCGGCUCGGGGACCACGCCUGUCCUCGGGGGCAACAGCUUCAGCCUCAAGGCCAGCCGCGGCACGGAACGCAACCGCAUCGUGCUGCCUUUCAGUUUCACCUGGCCGAGGUCCUACACUUUGAUCGUGGAGGCGUGGGAUUCCAGCAACGACACUCUCCAACCUGACAGCAUUAUUGAAAAGGCUUCUCACUCAGGCAUGAUUAAUCCCAGCCGCCAGUGGCAGACGCUGAAGCAGAACACAGGGAUAGCCCAUUUUGAAUACCAGAUCCGCGUGACCUGUGAUGACCAUUACUACGGCUUUGGCUGCAACAAGUUCUGUCGACCUCGAGACGAUUUCUUUGGACACUAUGCCUGUGACCAGAAUGGCAACAAAACCUGCAUGGAAGGCUGGAUGGGUCCUGAUUGCGACAUAGCUAUUUGCCGGCAAGGCUGUAGUCCCACGCAUGGGUCUUGCAAACUCCCAGGUGAUUGCAGUUGCCAGUAUGGCUGGCAGGGCCUCUACUGCGACAAGUGCAUCCCCCACCCGGGCUGCGUGCAUGGCACCUGCAAGGAGCCCUGGCAGUGCCUCUGUGAGACCAACUGGGGUGGUCAGCUCUGUGACAAAGAUCUCAAUUACUGUGGGACACACCAGCCCUGUCUCAAUGCGGGGACGUGCAGCAACACGGGCCCUGACAAGUAUCACUGCUCCUGCCCCGAAGGGUACUCGGGACCCAACUGUGAAAUUGCGGAGCACGCCUGCCUCUCGGAUCCCUGCCACAACCAAGGCAGCUGCAAGGAAACCUCCACGGGCUUUGAGUGUGAGUGUUCCCCAGGCUGGACCGGCCCCACGUGCUCCACCAACAUUGACGACUGUUCCCCAAAUAACUGUUUCCAUGGGGGCACCUGCCAGGACCUGGUGAAUGGGUUUGAGUGUGUGUGCCCGCCGCAGUGGACUGGCAGGACGUGCCAGUUAGAUGCAAAUGAAUGUGAGGCCAAACCUUGUGUAAACGCCAAAUACUGUAAGAAUUUGAUUGCCAGCUACUACUGUGAUUGCCUCCCUGGCUGGAUGGGUCAGAACUGUGACAUAAAUAUUAAUGACUGCCUUGGCCAGUGUCAGAAUGACGCCUCCUGUCGGGAUUUGGUUAAUGGUUAUCGCUGUGUCUGUCCACCUGGCUAUGCAGGCGAUCACUGUGAGAGAGACAUCGAUGAAUGCGCCAGCAACCCCUGUUUGAAUGGGGGUCACUGUCAGGAUGAAAUCAACAGAUUCCAGUGUCUGUGUCCCACUGGUUUCUCUGGAAACCUCUGUCAGCUGGACAUAGAUUACUGUGAGCCCAAUCCCUGCCAGAAUGGUGCCCAGUGCUACAACCGUGCCAGCGACUAUUUCUGCAAGUGUCCUGAGGACUAUGAAGGCAAGAACUGCUCUCACCUCAAAGACCACUGCCGCACCACCCCCUGUGAAGUGAUUGACAGCUGUACGGUCGCCAUGGCUUCCAAUGACACGCCGGAAGGGGUGCGGUACAUUUCCUCCAACGUCUGUGGUCCCCACGGGAAGUGCAAGAGUCAGUCGGGAGGCAAAUUCACGUGUGACUGCAGCAAAGGCUUUACGGGGACAUACUGCCAUGAGAAUAUUAAUGACUGUGAGAGCAACCCCUGUAAAAAUGGAGGCACUUGUAUCGAUGGUGUCAACUCCUACAAGUGCAUCUGCAGUGACGGCUGGGAGGGAGCCUACUGUGAAACCAACAUAAAUGACUGCAGCCAGAGCCCCUGCCACAAUGGGGGCUCAUGUCGCGACCUGGUCAAUGACUUCUACUGUGACUGCAAGAACGGAUGGAAAGGGAAAACCUGUCACUCCCGUGACAGCCAGUGUGAUGAGGCCACCUGCAACAAUGGCGGCACCUGUUACGACGAAGGGGACACGUUCAAGUGCAUGUGUCCAGGAGGCUGGGAAGGGACCACCUGCAACAUAGCCCGGAACAGCAGCUGCCUGCCCAACCCCUGCCACAAUGGGGGCACCUGUGUGGUCAACGGCGAGGCCUUCACGUGCGUCUGCAAGGAAGGCUGGGAAGGGCCCCUCUGCAUGCAGAAUACCAAUGACUGCAGCCCUCAUCCCUGCUACAACAGCGGCACCUGUGUGGAUGGAGACAACUGGUACCGGUGUGAAUGUGCCCCCGGAUUUGCUGGGCCUGACUGCAGAAUAAACAUCAAUGAAUGCCAGUCUUCUCCAUGUAACUUUGGGGCGACCUGUGUGGAUGAGAUCAAUGGCUACCGGUGCAUCUGUCCCCCCGGGCACAGCGGUCUGAAGUGCCUGGAAGUUUCAAGGAAGCCUUGCGUCACCAUCGGGAGCGUGAUUCUAGACGGGGCCAAGUGGGACGACGACUGCAAUACCUGCCAGUGUCUGAACGGAAGGGUCGCCUGCUCCAAGGUCUGGUGCGGCCCUCGAUCUUGCCGGCUGCACAAGGGGCAUAGUGAGUGCCCCAGCGGGCAGAGCUGCGUCCCCAUCCCGGAAGACCAGUGUUUCGUCCGUCCCUGCACGGGGGUGGGCGAGUGUCGCUCCUCCAGCCUCCAGCCAGUGAAGACCAAGUGCGCCUCUGACCCCUAUUACCAGGAGAACUGCGCCAACAUCACGUUCACCUUCAACAAAGAGAUGAUGUCACCGGGUCUUACCACGGAGCACAUUUGUAGUGAACUGAGGAAUUUGAACAUUUUGAAGAAUGUUUCUGCUGAAUAUUCUAUCUACAUAGCAUGUGAGCCUUCCCCGACUGCGAAUAAUGAGAUCCAUGUGGCCAUCUCUGCUGAGGACAUACGGGAGGAUGGAAACCCUAUCAAGGAAAUCACCGACAAAAUUAUAGACCUUGUGAGCAAACGCGAUGGGAAUAGCUCUGUGAUCGCCGCCGUUGCCGAAGUCAGAGUCCAGAGGCGUCCUCUGAAGAGCCAGACAGAUUUCCUGGUCCCGCUGCUGAGCUCCGUCUUAACCGUGGCUUGGAUCUGUUGCCUGGUGACUGCCUUCUACUGCUGCGUGCGGAAACGGCGGAAGCCCAGCAGCCACGCGCGCUCCGCCUCCGAGGACAACACCACCAACAACGUGCGGGAGCAGCUGAACCAGAUCAAGAACCCCAUUGAGAAGCACGGCGCCAACACGGUGCCCAUCAAGGACUACGAGAACAAGAACUCCAAAAUGUCCAAGAUAAGGACACACAACUCGGAGGUGGAGGAGGACGACAUGGAUAAGCACCAGCAGAAGGCCCGCUUCGCCAAGCAGCCGGCCUACACGCUGGUAGACAGAGAGGAGAAGCCCCCCAAUGGCACGCCGGCAAAACACCCGAACUGGACAAACAAACAGGACAACAGAGACCUGGAAAGUGCCCAGAGCUUGAAUCGGCUGGAAUACAUUGUAUAGCAGCCCGCGGGGGCGUGGCGCGGCCGCUCUAGGUAGAAGCUGAGGGCACUCCGGGGCUUGUAGUUCUUUAAAACUGUCAUGGCAUAGUCCGGUCUGAGGCGGUUACUGACUUAGAAUCCCUGUGUUAAUUUAAGUUUUGACAAGCUGGCUUACACUGGCAAGGGUAGUUCCUGUGGUUGGCUGGGGAACCGGGCGCUGCGUCUCACAACUAUGCAAAAGCCAAGUGGCGAGGGGCUCCCGGUGGUCCCAGCGUGGAAGAGGCUCCCCGGAGAAUUGCCCGGCACCCCCCUCGGCCUUGAGGCCCGGAGCUCCCACGGCUGCCAGAUGUCCCGAUGGUGAUGCAGUCUUAGGUUCAUAGUUUUUAUUUAUAUUUAUUGACUCUUGAGUUGUUUUUGUAUAUUGGUUUUAUGAUGACGUCCAAGUAGUUCCUGUAUUUGAAAGUGCCUUUGCCGCUCAGAACCACAGCAACUAUCACAAAUGAGUUUAUUAUUUAUUUUUUUUUAUUAUAUGUCGUUGUUGUUGGGGGAGGGGGACUUUGAGGUCAGCCGUUGCUGGUAAAAUGAAGAAUUUAAAGAGGAAAAAUGUGUCAAAGGUAGACUUCUGUAUAAUUCUGUAAAUAAUUCUUUUUUUUAUUAAUCACUGUGUAUAUUUGAUUUAUUAACUUAAUAAUCAAGAGCCUUAAAACAUCAUUCCUUUUUAUUUAUAUGUAUGUGUUUAGAAUUGAAGGUUUUUGAUAGCAUUGUAAGCGUAUGGCUUUAUUUUUUUUGUUGUUCUUCAAACUUAUUUUCUUAUUACGUGUUGCCUAUAAGCCAAAAUUAAGGUGUUUGAAAAUAGUUUAAGACAGUAGAGUGGGCCGCUGUGCCUGGAACACGUGGAAUUUUUUUUGUACUAUGUCAGAUGUUGAAAACACCUUCGAUAGCAUCACUUUGAAGCACGUUCCAAGGACUGACUGAGGCAGUUUAAGAAUUGAUCUAGGACAGGUUCCUUCCCCCAUCCCCUUCUGCGUUAGACUUGAAAAAGAAAGACAGGCAAGUGUGCUGCUACACGGCAGCUUAAGGGAACAAGUUGAGCCAAAAUGUGAGUGGUUGAGAUCAUUAAAAAGAUCGAAUGAACUGUGUGACAUUAGAAGCACACACCGGUUUUAUUUAUAAAUUCUGAUUUCUUUUCACCACCCCGAUGCAAUACUGACCCACUUGGAGAUUUGAGUUUUCUUAUCUACUGCAUUUAGGGAGUAUUCGAAUAAGCUAGUUGAAUACUUGAACCGUAAAAUGUCCAGUAAGAUCACUAUUUAGAUUUGCCAAUAGAGUACACUGCCUGCCUUAAGUGAGGAAAUCAAAACGCUAUUAUGAAGUUUAAGAUCCAGACGGCUUAAUAUAAAACAGUAAUUUCGUGGGUCCACCAUUGAGACCGUGAAGAUCCUUCGUAUUGUCCCAUUAGUGUUAUAUGAACAUAAAAAUGCAUCUUUGAUGUGUUGUUCUGGCAAUAAAUUUUGAAAAGUAAUAUUUAUUAAAUUUUUUGUAUGAAAACCUGGAA